UAUUUCCUUGUGAAAUUGGCAGACCCUUCUUUGUACUCAAAAUGUGAUACUCCAGAAACAAGGGCCUCUGUUUUGCUUGAGUUGGAAAUACUUUUCGUAAUAAGAUCAUUCUUAUCCCUGAUUAGCUGCUGAGUUGAAUACAGAGACUUUGGUCUUUGCUCCAGUCGGGGGUCCUCUGGAAAAGAGACAAGGAAGAAGGCUUUAAUAUAUCACAAGAAGAGGCUACAUAACAUUAUGCAGAUUUCUUCCUAUCUGGCCUUUUUAUAUAAAGUAUGUAUGUGUGCCUUCAUUAGCUUAGCAAGCAGCUGGUAGAUAACAGAUCUGUGAUUUAUCUUCAACUCAAAGAGAAAGUAUGGACAGCAGCAACCAGCCUUCACAUGAAGAAGCUCCACCAAGCUCCUUUCUCUGCAGAGCUGCUGGGCUUCUCACCGGGGACAUGCACCUCUGUGGAGAAUGGGUGAAAAGACAGAGUUUAGUAAUCCAGCUGCUGGACUGGAUUUUCCGAGGGGUGGCCCAGGUCAUGUUUGUCAACAAUCCUCUCAGUGGGCUCCUAAUCACGGCCGGCCUCUUCCUGCAGAACCCCUGGUGGGCCCUGAAUGGUCUGCUGGGCACCGUUGUGUCUACUGUGUCUGCCAUCUUGCUGGGACAAAGCAGGGAGGCCAUAUCAGCGGGUUUAUAUGGCUACAAUGGAGCCUUGGUCGGCAUACUGAUGGCCGCUUUCUCUGCCAAAGGAAGCUGGUACUGGUGGCUUCUGCUGCCAAAUGUGUUCAUGUCCAUGUUGUGCCCAGUGGUCUCCAGCGCCUUGUCCUCUGUUGCCAGCAAAUGGGAACUCCCAAUAUUCACCCUGCCCUUUAACAUUUUGGUGUGUCUACACAUUGCAGCUACAGGAGCCAAUCACCCCUACUUUCCACAGGUGGAUAUCCAGCAAAAUAACCACCUGCACCACCCUAAUGAUUCCUUCCAAAGGCUCAAUAUCUCUCAGAUAUUGCUGUCGGUGCCAGUUGGUGUUGGCCAGGUGUAUGGCUGUGACAGUCCUUGGACAGGAGGUCUCAUCCUUCUGGCCCUGCUGCUCUCCUCACCAACUAUCUGUUUUCAUGCCAUGUUGGGUUCUGCUGCUGGCAUGUUGUCCGGAUUUGCUCUGGCAGCUCCUCACAGGGGCAUUUACUCAGGCCUGUGGGGAUAUAACAGUGCUCUAUCCUGCAUUGCUGUUGGAGGGGUCUUCUAUGUUAUAACAUGGGAAACCCACGUACUGGCUCUAAUAUGUGCACUUUUCUGUGCAUACAUGACUUCAGCAAGCUCAAAAUUGAUGUCUGUGCUUGCAUUACCAGCCUGCACGUGGCCUUUCUGCCUGUCGACUCUCAUCUUCCUCCUCAUUUCCUCUGAGAUCCCGGCCAUCUGCAGACUGCCUCUGUCUGUGGUCUCCUACCCAGAGGAAAAUCGGCGCUACCAGAGACAAUUGAAGGCUUCAGAGCAAGCUCAGCACAGUCAGCAGAGCAGCAGCCAAGAAGAGGCCCCGCUGAGGGAGCAUGGAGGGCCAAGUGUCCAGUUGGUAGGGGAGAGGGGCUGCGGUGAAGCCGUGUGAUUGGAGGAGAUGCUCCUUUAUCACUAGAGAAGUUUGAUUGUUGAAAUAAUAUGGUGAUAUACAGUUUUGGUAUUUCCUUUUUGCAUAACAAUAUCUGUUUUAUAAAAUGGCUGGCAUUUUUGUGCGAAAUGUUUUCUAAAUAGCAGAUAUUUUUUCUACACAGCAGAGGGCAGCACUUUCUAAGGAAAGAUAGGACCGCUGUGCAUCUACUGAUGGAAAGCACUGAGCAGUUAAAGGAAUGGCGUUUUUUUAGCAACAUCAUAUAUUUUGGUAAAUGUUUCACUGUGCAGGCAAAGCCAGUCUGGUGGGGUAAUUGGUUUACAGUAGCUACAAAGCAAAAGAUUGAGGGGAAGAAUCUCUAAACUGUCGUUCCUUUCUCAACAGCACAAUUUCAGUGGUUCGCACGGGGAUGGUUUAAAAUGCAGCAGAGCAUUUCAUCAGUGCAGACAGUGAGCUGUAGGGGAGAUUUCAUAAAGUGCUCCCCCAGCAAAAACACCCUCUUCUCUGCCAGGCAUAAUCCAUCUCUGCCUUCUGUAUUCCAAUCUGUCCCACUCCUCUCUCUUAUUGUUUCUCUUUACAUCUCUUUUGGUUUCUUGCUGUUCCUCUCCCACAUUUUUAACAUGUUUUUAUAAAAAAAAAAAAUUGUGCUUAUCUACCUUUCCUCUCAUUCUCUGUUCUGGUGCUAUCUGUCUUCAGCUCCUCUUUUGGGAACAGCCUCUCUCCUUUUCCAUCAAGCAAGGAGACUGUGAGCUCUGUGAAAAGAAGCUGUACCGAGAUGCCAGCUGAUAAAACACACAGAACUCUGUCUGGGUCUGUGUUUCUAUUUACAUUUAUGAGUAUAUCUUUAUUUGUGUCUUUAUUGCCAUCUGCCUCUCUGUGUAUCUGGUCCACCAAGACACAUGGCUUUAGUCUAGCCAGACACAGAAGAGACAGUCACACUCCCAGACAUGUGUGGGAGCUGCAGUACAUCGGGGGGGAAGGUGCCAGACGAGGGAAUGGGAACAAGUUGAAAAUGAGAACAUCUCAUUUUCUUGCCUGGUGAUAAAAUAUGACUUGUUAUGACUGAUUUUUUUGCCUUGAAUGUCUCAUGUGUUUUUUUUUCUGCCCUUCACUUUAAACCCAAAAUCUAAUCAAAUCAAAUAGUUUUCUAUUUCAUAUUCUAAAGGCAAACUUUCCUCAGUGUUGUUUUUUCUCUAAUCUGCUGUAGCCUUUAGGUACAAGUGACCUUAGCCAGUGGAUUUUUCUGUAGCCUUUUACACAAUGUUGAUUCAUCCAGCGACCUUUGAAGGACAUGGAUAAGUGUUACAAGUGGGAUGAUGUGAGAUGAGGUUGGUGUCACUUCCCAUGUGCCAGUGCUGUGUGCUCAUAUCAGUGUGAUUCACCUUCCC